CCCCUCCGUUUCUAUUCUCCUUCUCCACCUUCUUUUUGACUCAUGACUCGCUUCCAGCAGCGAACUAGUUAACGAGCGGCGGCGGAUGAGCCCACCGCGCCUGCUCUCCUCUCCGGCAGGCAGCACACCGCCACAGUACGAAGAUGGCGUCGGAGGGAGCCAGCGGAGAGCAGCCUCCUCCCCCGGUACAGCAAGCCCUGACCGCCGCCGUGCUGGGAGGCGUCGACACGAAAUGCGACUUCAACAUGGAUAACCUGAGCAAGCCGGAGCUGUUGACCCUGCUGAGCAUCAUGGAGGGUGAGCUGGAGGCCCGCGACCUGGUCAUCGAGGCCCUCAGGGCUCAAAGGAGGGAAGUGUUCCUGGAGGAGCGCUAUAGCCAUUACAGCCUGACCGACCCCUUUCUGGCGCUGCAGCGGGACUUCGAGUGCGGUGUCUCGCUCGGUGACAAGGAGCGGCGGCCGCUGGGUUCCAGCCCAAUGUCUGUCCUGGAGGCCGUCAUGGCGCACUGCAGGAAGAUGCAGGCGCGCAUGUCCGCACAGCUGGCUGCCGCCGAGAGCCGCCAGAAGAGGCUGGAAAUGGAGAAGCUGCAGCUGCAGAGCCUGGAGCAGGAACACCGCAAACUGAUGGCGCAACUGAAGGACGAGCGCGAGAAGAACAAGCACAUCGUCAUGAUGCUGGUGCGCGAGUGCAAGCAGCUGGCCACGCGCGUGGUGGAGGAGUCGCAGCGCUUCGACGAGCUCCAGGCCCGACUGGACGAGGAGGGCCGGGCCGCGGGGCGCCUGCGGGAGGAGUUGAGUGGCGAGCGGCAGCGUGGCCAGCAGCUGGAGGCCGAGAUGGAGAAGCAGCUUUCUGAGUUGGACACUGAGCGUGAGCAGCUGCGGGCCAGGUUGGGCCGCGAGGAGGUCGAGAGUCAAAACCUACGGCAGCAGGUUGAGCAGCUCAGAACCGAAUGUGGGGAUGCCAAGGAUGGCGCCCAACCUGCCGCCCCCGCCUGCACGCAGCCCAAAGCUUCCGUUUCCGUGGCCACAGAUCCCGUCAGCUCUCGAACAGCUUCCUGCCAAACGGACCAGGCCCUUCCUGAAAUUGAGGGUCCCAAGAAGACUCCCCUCACCGUAGCCGCCAAACCUACCCCGGGCCCUUACGCUGGCCUCAGCCUGCCAAAGACCACCGUCCGGGGAAUAGUCCACAGUAGCUCGGGAGGCCUGGCACAGAGCGAGAACGGCUCCGAGGCCCAAGGCACCCCCCCGGGCCUGCCCAGCGGGGUCAGCCCCCGUGUCCAGGCAGCCCGGUACAAGUUCCAGGAACAGGACCAAAACGGCACGGCCUCCCAGAGUCCUCCGGCCCGGGACCCAUCCCCCACAAAUCGGGACAACUUUGCUGCCAAACAACAAGCGCGCCACACCGUUACCCAGGUUCUGUCACGCUUCACAAGCCCUCCAACAGGGGGGGCUGGAGCGUUGCGGCCCGGCCUGCCGCACUCUGCAUCGGAGGGAGGGCCCUUCCCCAGCCGCCUCAGCCACCCCAUUGGCCUUAAGUCCCCCACCGUGGCCAGAAUUGACCGAGGCAACCCUCCCCCCAUCCCUCCCAAAAAACCUGGGCUCUCCCAGACCCCCUCUCCUCCUCAUCCGCCCAUGAAGGUGCUGGGGGACAGCGGCCGCUCUCACGGGGCGGGACUCAAAUCAGCUACACCCCAGCUGCCGCCCAAACCCGCCCUGGACCUGGUACCAGCCUUGACGGCCUCUCAGGUGGGUGCAUGCCCCCUCCGCCGCUCCCUUGGACCUGACCAGUUUGCAGAAUGCCCCCCCGUCGUCAUCCCUGCCAUCCCCUCCAUCAACCCUCUUCCCUCAUCCCUCUCCAUUAGUGCUCCAUCCAACUGUACCCCCCCUGCCCCCACAGACAGCCCCCUGGCAACAGCAUCAGGCUGGUGUCCCUCCGUAGUCUCCCCUAUUGGCGGUGGUGGGCCCGCUGCCCUGGAUGGCGGGCGGCCGCUGCUCCUCCUCCAAGCUGCUUCCCAGGGAAAUGUCACUUUAUUGUCAAUGCUGCUUCACCAACCCCACCCUACCACGCCCGACCACGCCCACCGCACCACUGCCACUGACAACCAGACCACCCGCCACCCACCACAAGACCUCCUCAACAACUUGACUGCUGCCUUGUUUGCUGCUGCUCACCACGGACACGCAGAGUGCGUGAAGCUGCUGUUAUCUUCCGGCUCGCCUGCCGACGUGUCCGCCCAAAACCGAUUUACACCUUUGCACUUUGCUGCCACCCACGGCCACAGUGGCUGUGUGGAGGCUUUGCUGGUCGCGGGCGCCGCUGUGGACGCAGCUGCGGACGGUGGCCAGACCGCCCUCUUCCUGGCCAGCGGGGCGGGCAGGAAGCACUGUGUCCACAUCCUGCUGAGCGCCGGCGCCGAUCGUUCCCGUAUGGCCGUGGACGGCUGCACAUGUCUGCAUGCGGCGGUGCGAUCAGGUCACGUGGACACGCUGCGUCUGCUCCUCUGUCACCCCGGCCCCAAAGACAGCGCUGCCACCCUUGAACCCGACAAAGAACCAGCUCUGCCCGUCGCCCUGCUGAACCACGCCAACGCCGACGGAUGGACAGCCGCGCACAUGGCGGCCGCUCUCGGCCUGAAGGAGUGUCUGGAGGUGCUGUGUAGCCACCGUGAGCAGGACAUUGAGAGGAAAGAUAAAUGUAAUCGCACCAUUCACGACGUUGCCACGGACGACUGCAAAGACCUCCUCGAAAACCUCAAUCAGUACCGCAUCCUGGUGCGUCUCCAGCAUUCAGAUGGUGGCGGAGCUAAUGCUCCCAUGUGGUCCAUGGAUUGUGAUGAUGAUGAUGAUGAGAAGCAGGUCGAUAACCAUCAGUCGGUGUUGUGCAGAGUCUCAGUAGACCGCUCCAUGUGCUGGUCCCAGCUUAGUGCCGCCAUUAGCCACGCCUUCACCGCACACCUGCACAUGCUGUGUGGUGAGGAUGCACAGCGCCCCCCGCUGGGCCUCACACCCGCAAGCAUCUCCUUCGUCCUGAUUGGAGGAAGUGAGUGGCAGCUUGGUCAGGAACUUCCUGUCUCACCCUGGGAUCUAGUCCGAAAACCUCUUUGUCAGGUCAUCACUGUCCACCUGAAAGGUCUUUCAGAGUCGUGUCUGGAUGAGCUGGCUCUGGAGUCUCUCUUCCCGCUGCCUGUGCUGCUCAACUACGUCCGCUUGGUGGAACAAUAUGGGAGCGUCAUCUUUCAUGGCCUGGAGGACAGCUGUCAGGACUACAUCGCCGCUUUAUUGGCUCGCUGCAUCAAGUCCAAGCAGGAGGCGGUUGGUCAGGCAUGCGAGGUUGUGAAGGUGGACGUGCAACAUAGUCUGACCAAGGAGCAGCUGCUGGACACCCUCGUCACCUCUGGCUUCCUGAUCCCGGCGUCGCCAGCGUGCGAUCAUGGACGCUGCGUGGUGCUGCUGCUGCAGGGUCUGGAGAAGGCGCCUUCCCUGUCGGGCCUGCUGGGAGACCUGUGCUACAGUUUGGAUAACAGGACCUCCACUGCCCACCUGCUGCUCAACGCCGGUCCACAUCGCUUCUGCCAGCGCACCUUCCUGAUUGGCUCUCUGUCAAAGCCCCGCCUCCAGGGCUCAGAGCUGCGCCUGCAGCAGCAUUUCCGCUGGCUGCGUCUGCGCUGGGACCAGGAGCCUCUGCACGGCCUGCUGGCCAGACGCCUGCGCAGGAAGCUCCUUCACCAGUCAAGUGCGGUGUGGGCCAGUGACGGCGUCAUGGAGAAGGCUGUGCUGUGGGUUGCUCAAGUGUGGCAGCAGCUCAAUGCCUGCCUGGCACAUCUGGGCACGCACGAGGCCUUGAUGGGACCCGGACACUUCCUGGCCUGCCCCGUCCACGCCGACGACCCGCACGCUAUCGUCAGGUGGCUGUCUCGGCUGUGGAGCUCCGUGGUGGUCCCUCGCGUGGAGACGGCCAUUGUCUCCCGGGUAACGGCCAGGUGCUCGUCCUCCUCCACCGCCCCCUCGUCGACGGGCAAUGUCGUUCUCAGUGCCGGCCAGCAGGCGGUGCUAAAGGCCGCCCUCAGCAUCCUGGUCAACAAGGCCGUCCUGCGGGGCUGCCCUCUCCCACGCCACGAGGUUGCGUUCAGGGGCGGAGCCAUCCCUAUGACCGCCAUUGGCUCCUUUAAAGGAAGCUGCGGCGGGAGGAAGUGUCGAGACAAGCUGAGACGAUCCAAUACCAGCCCACGAAAGAAAGGAAGUCCUGCCUCCAGCUGGGCCGGUGGCUCCUUUAGAAACGGUUGUGUAUCCACCACUGAUGUGAGCUGCAUCGCAAAUGGAAAAAUCCACAGGGAGGCGUCCGGUUUGUCUUUGUUCUCGGACGACGAGACGGACCUGAUCCAAGAGCUUCAGUCCUUGUGCUCCAGCAAGUCAGAACCAGACAUCAGACAGACGUGGGCGUCCAAAGACGACGACGUCCUUCUGUUCGCCAGCAGAGGUCCCGCUGGAGCUCCGCCCUCCAUGCCAGAGCAGGAAGUAGCCAUGGACCAAUCAACUCAACCGUCACUGCUGGCUCAGGCCGCCGUCCAGAGCAGCCAACGCCGCUCGGGUCUUCGGGCCAAAUCCCAGCUGCCCGUGCCCAGCAGGGGGCAGCAGCAGCCACCCCAGGUCGCCACGGGCAACCACAGCAACAACAACAACAACUGCAGCAAUGGCAGCAGAAGCAACAGCAAAGCAAACAGCAGCAGCAGUAACAAACAAUCACAGGAGCAUAUCUGGCUCCUACAACAAAACAAUCACAAAUAAACACACACACACACACUGCCCCGCCCACGAAAGGAAGAGCCAAUCAAACAAGUAGAAAUUGCUCCCCAUGUCACAUAUUAAGAACUAAUCAUAUGAGGACAACGAAGUCCUCAUUAGGUAAAUGAUGGUGUCGUAUUUUGUUAAUGUUAUGGACAAUAUAACAGUACAGACAUGAUGUCAUCAUAGAUGUUAGGACAACAUACAUUAAGGGUGUAGGAUGUAGUUUUCAAGUUGCUAGCAAGAUUUCAACGUAGCCUCAAUCCACUCCCCAUUCUUCAUUUUUCAAAAGAUAAUUUUAAUAAUAUCCUACUGUCAGGUCAUACAGACAGUUUGACAUAUAUAUUUUUUUGAAAACUGCAAACUCCACCUUUGACGAUAUUAGAAUUUAAAUAAAGCCCGGUACACACAGCAAUAUCAGAAUCAUGUUCAACAUUGCAAUAUUUAUUUUUUAUGGUCUCCCCAGCCCCUUUUUUUUUUUCCUCAAAAAUGUUUUACUUUUUUCAUGAAAAUGGUCUACUUUUUUGACUUUUUUUUCCCCUUAAAAAGUCGUAUUGGAAAAAAAAAAAAACUUUAAAUGUGCCAUUUCUUUCACUUUUCUGAAAAAUGUACUGUACUACUUUUGUUUAAAGGUAAAAAAUGUUUUAAAACUUUUUCUUGAAAAUGUCAGAAUUUUCUCUUGGAACUAUAAUUUUUCUUGAGUAUAUAAGAGUUUUUUUUCUUGAAAAUAUACAGUACAACUUUUUCUCAAAACUGACGUUUUCAAGAAUGUACUUUUUUUGGGGAAAAACUACCUUUUUGGGGGGUGGGAAAAUAAAACUUUUUUCCUCUAAGAUAUUCAGCUUUUUCUGGAAAUAUAACUUGUAAGGUAAAAAAGUGUUACAUUUCCCCCAAAAUAGAAAGAAGAAUAUUAAAUUUUCAAGAAAAAUGCCCAAAAAGAAAAUGCAACUUUUUUUUUCUUGAAAAUGUAAACCUUUUUUUUAAACGCCCAACUAUUUUCUGGAAAAUCUAUGACAUUUCUUGUAAAUGUAACUUUUUUCAAGCUAAAAAGGUUGUACUUUUUCAACAAAAAAGGUAGUAUUUUUUCAGAUUUUUUAAAAAUGGAAAAUGCUGUAAAAUGUUUAAAAAGAAAAACAAGUAUGGCACAACUUUCUUUUCUUGAAUAUGUACAUCUUUUUUUUCUAGAAAAUAAACCUUUUUUUUUUUUACUGAAAAACAACUUUUAUGUACUGGGGGAAAUAGAACUUUUUACAUUUUCAAGAAAUAACAUAGUAUCUUUUCCAGAAAAGUAGUACCUUUACAAAAAAAAACUAUUUACAUUUUCAAGAAAAAGUAAUUAAAAAAAAAAAAAAACUUUAAAAAUGCUUUUUUUUAAAAAAUACAUAAAUAAAAUUUAUGUGUAACGUUCUUUCUUGGGAAAAAAAAGACUUAUUCAAGAAAUGUUAGAAAAACAAUUGUUUUAACCUAAAAAAAUAACUUUUACCUGUUAGGGGAAAUAAACAUUUUUUUAAAGAAAAAAGUAUAAUUUCCCAGAAAAUCCUGACAUUUUGAUGAGAAAACAUCUGUACAAUUUCAAGAAAAAGUCGUAUAUUUUUGAAGCCUUACAUUUUCAAGAACAAAAAAUACAAUUAAAAAGACAAAUUACGCAACUUCUUUUCUUUUCUCUUAUGCAAGUUUAUUUCCAGAAAAUUUGACUUAAAAAUUCAGGUCAUUUUUUUUUUUUAAACCUAAAAAGAAAAUUUACCUGUACUACAUUUCAGAAAAAUCUUACAUUUUCAAAAUGUUUUUAUUUUAUUUAAUUUUUUAAAUUUGCAACUUUGUUCCUGGAAAAUAUACAAUUUUAAUUAUUAAAAAUGGAAAAUGUCAAACUUUUUCUUGGAAAUAUAUAACAAUAAUAGUAUAUAUUUCUUAAACUAUUAAAAACUAGUCUGUGUGGACUGAGCUUAAGUGAAUACAGUAAAUUUGUCAAAAUUAAAAUUCCAUAUUAAAAUGUGUAUUUGGUGGCUAUCUACAGUCCAGUAUACUAGUAUGUAUGCAGUAUGUGAUGUAUCGUUCUAAUGUGACGGUGUGUUUUGAGCACACACUUUCCCCUCGCUCCCUCUAAGCAGACCACCUUUGAACUCUUUGUACUCGUCACACUUCCCUGGUGUGUACUAAUGUGUACUUGCGUGCAAGUAUAGGGACCACACUUUUGUUCAAGAAGCAAAUAUUUGAUUGACGGGUCGCUUUGCAUCAUCUUACCAAGUAAUGGAUUGUUUUCUUUUUCUUUUCUUUUGAGAGUUUUUGUCGUUUGUUUGCGUCGUGGCUUGGACAUCAAUCAGGGUUUUGCGUGUAAAUAAGAGUUUUAGCGCUAGCACGUUAUCAGGACGAUGACGUUUGUACAGUCGACUUAAAAAAAGUGUUUGUAAAGUUUGAAAGUAAGUACUAGAUGUGUACUGUAAGCCAUACUACUACGACAACAAGCUUUCUUUUCUCUCGUCAAUACCGUGUAUGAUUUUAUUCUCAACAAGGAUUUCUUUGAUGUUUAUAACUCUAUGAAUAUAUAAAUAUAUGUAUGUAUACAAAUGUACAGGAGAGACUAGUCUGUUUCAAAAGUGUAUGAUGGCUGUUUGAGGUUUUUAAAAAAAAAAAUCUUUCGAACACAAAAAUAUUAAAAUCUUCAAAUUGUC